ACAGGACCUUUCAAACGUGACCUCACCAGGGACAGCCUGAGAAUCUGCACUCAGGCGCGCAUGGAGUGCAUCGGCGCUCAUCUCAUCACGACUGGGCCCGCACGCGGGCGCAAUCUAUUGCUUUUGCCUGUGCAUGCUGAGCGCUGAUUGGCCCCGGUUUAGAAGGCGGAAGGAGUAGCGCAUGCGGAAUCGCGGCGGGAGGCGCCGACAGCGGGGAGGGCAUGGCGUCGCUGCGGUGCAGCUCGGUGGUCUGCGUGGUCUGCCUGGAGAAGCCCAAGUACCGCUGCCCGGCCUGCCGCGCGCCCUACUGCUCGCUCGCCUGCUUCCGGACGCACCGAGAGAAGUGCACUCCUGAAACUCGACCCGUUGAGAGAAAACGAUCAGCUGUUGCUGCUAAAACUGUGAAGCCGGUGGAGAACCAGGGUGAUGACGACUCCAUAGCUGAUUUUCUAAAUAGUGAUGAAGAGGAAGACAGAGUUUCUUUGCAGAAUUUGAAAAGUUUAGGGGACUCUGCUGCGUUAAGAAGCUUGCUGCUGAACCCGCACCUGAGAGAGCUGAUCAUCAACCUUGAUCAGGGGGACAACAAAGCCAAGCUCAUGAGAGACUACAUGCAGGAGCCCCUGUUUGUGGAGUUUGCUGACUGCUGUUUGAGAAUUGUGGAACCGUCCUGCAGUGACGAGUCUUGACGUGGAUUGUUACGGUGUGCAA